AUGAGUUAUAUGACCGUGUUAUUGCAGAUUAAUGUUGAGAAAUUAGCAAGAGCGUUGCCUCUUCACCUCCUAACAGUGAUCGAGGCUCCUGACAAGUUUGAGUACUUGUUGUGUGGGAUCAGACUGUUGCAUACCUUGUGCGAGUUAACAUCUCGUCACUCUACACUCGACAAGGUCUUGCUAAAUGAUUGUGUAUUAUCAUCUAAGAUGGUUGAUCUAGUGAUCAAUUCGAUUGUAGCUCUCGGCGGUAAUAGAAAGGAAAGUUGGAAGUCAGAUGACGAAUCAUUGAUAGAAGCUACAAUGCUGGCUUCUACUCUUCACCUGUUGCACGGAUUUAUCUCUCCUGAGAUGGAAGAUAUUGUUGAUGUCUUGCUUGCCCACUCUAAGGUUGAUUUAUUUAUAGAAACUGCUUUUGGAGCGGUUCACAAUGUUGUGAGAUCUUUAAAAGCGAAGUUGCUGUACCGGCCAAGUGACGAGACGAGAAAUUUAGGUGUGAGCAGUCAUCUAGGGGCCGCUAACUUUCACUGCCAACAAGCUGAAGCUGCUUUGCAGUUCCUUCACUCUCUAUGUCAACACAAACUGUUUAGCGACCGUAUCGCUAGAAACAAGUUGUACCAUUUGUUUGAAGAGGAUAAAAAUGUCUCAUUCCUUGACGAGGUUGUACGUGCAGGAAACUUGCAUUUAGUCCAACCUAUUGCCUCAGAGGUCAUUAGCUUAUUGAAGCAUGGCCUUACUGGACCUCCCAUUGGUAGUAGAGCUUCUCCUGACUAUCCAAAGGGUCUUUUGCUACUUAAUGCUAUGCGCUUGGCUGAUGUGUUCUCGGAUGACUCAAAUUUCCGACGUUUUUUCACCGACAAUUUAAGUGUGACUCUCAGCGAAGUGUUUCGUCUCUCUAAUGAAGAGUUCGUGUCAAUGUUCUGCUCUUCUAAUCUUACUGCAAGGGAAGACGAUGCAACACUUGAGUACGACAUGUAUAAAUCAGCUGGAUGGGUUUUAAGUGUAUUUUCAUCUUUGCCCCCACCUCAAUUCAAGCUUAAUUUCAAAAAUAACCUGACCAUGUCUUCAUACGCGCAUCAAAGAACAUCCUUGCUUGUUAAAAUUAUAGCGAAUCUUCACUGCUUCUCUCCUGGUAUCUGCACAGAAGAUGACAGGAAACGUUUCAUUAAUAGCUUUGUUAGUGGAUUGCGAAAGGAUCCUUCAUAUACUCCGGUGGCACAAAGAGCCACCACUAGUGUUCAGAAAAACUUAUGUUCUCUCUGGAAUCAUGCAGACUUCUUGAUCCCUAGUGACCUCGAUGACAAAGAUUUAAUUAUGUUUAGGGUGUUUUGUAAGCAUUUGCAACCGCUAAUCGCAGCUUCUGAAUUUGAGGGAAGUCAGGCUGCUGUGAAGGCUAGUCAAGGUCCAAGAGGGAAUUCAUCUAAUAUGCAGCAGGCAAAAGAGCCUCUGAAUCUUAACAUUGAGACAGCUUCAGAGAAUCCUAAUGUUCGAGUGGACGAUGACGUGAACGAGGAGAUGGAAAUAGUUCCACGGUUGAAAGAGAGCAAUCUUGAAACCAGUGGUUUGGACAAAAGCUACAAGAGAGGGAAGAGUGGAGAGUUGGGUCAGGCUGUUGUUGUUAAUAAGGUGUUUAAAGGGAGUGGAUCUGGAGAGGUGAAGAAGGAGGAUGAGAAACAGGGGAAGAAACGGAAGCGUAGUAUUAUGAGUGAUGGUCAAAUGGAGAAGGUGGAGAAGGCCAUUGCUGCUGAACCUGAUAUACGGCGAAAUUCAGCUUGGAUAAGGACAUGGGCUGAGAAUUUAUCUGACAAUGGUCCCAGGGUUACAGCUUUGCAGCUGAGAAACUGGUUGAAUAACAGAAAAGCCAGAAUAGCUAAAGAAAUGUCAGAGAAGACAAGCAAGGGCAAGAAGUGA